GAUCAGACGACGGAAUCGAUUCCCGACGGGGGAGAAGAUUCGAAGUGAAGCGGAGAGCCGACGGGGGAGCGCAGCGGCCAUCCAACGGAAGAGGGAUCCAUCUCCCCGUCGAGGAGGCUCCGGCUCCCCACCUCGCGGACCACCAUGGCCACCCCUUCCCCGUCGCCGGCGGAGGCCGCCCCACAGCUUGACGCCGCGACCGCCGCCGAGGAAGACGAGUGGGAUGCGGAUGGAUAUGUUAUUCCUAAUUUGCUCACUCAAGAUAAUGAUGUGAUUGAACCUAGUAUCCCCAAAGCAAAAGAUCCUGAACCUCUACAGGCAAAAGAUGAGAAGAUAUACUUGGGACCUCAUGGAGCUCCACCAUCCCAAGUAAAGCAGCAAGAGCUGAACACCGUUGGCCGUAAGCAGCGGUUCAGGAACAAGCUGAAGGAAGCAGAUAGGAAAUUCACAGGCAACGCUCAGGAGAACAAGGUGGAGAGCCUCAGGGAGUUGAUGGGCGCCAGGGCAAGUGGUACCAGCAUACCAAGGAGCUCUCCUCGUGAUUGGCUUGAUCCACAUUGCCAUGAAUCUGAAUUUGAUAGAAAACCAACUAGGUGACUGGCAAAUGAUGCCACGUUUACCUGAAGGUUGAUAAACUGUAAUAUGGGAGCUAUUCCCCAAUAAUAGAUACUCAUGAUCGACUAAUAGAUGAAAGAAAAAUGUUUCCUGGGGUGUAAUUCAUCUGAGCUCUGCUGUUCUCCGUGGUGUUGAAAUUCUGUGGGUUCAAUUUCCAA